AUGGCGACGCCCUCGAGCGGCGGCACCACCCCCGGGUCUGCGGUCCAGUACUGCUACAUGUUCGAGGCCGACAAGCGUCCAACCAAGCAGCUGGAUGCUCUCCUCAGAGCCAUUGCCAUGUACAUUAUACACAAGAUUGGCGAUCGAAACGAACUACAACUUACCCCAAAAAAGCUGGCCGCAUUUUACAAGGUCGUUGGCGGCGACUACGAUUCCAUCUUCCUCCAAAUGCCCGACUCCUCUAUAUCAUACAUCUGGCAGGUUACCGGAUGCCAACAUACGUUACAACCAACCGACAGCGACUUUGCCCCGCCGUCGAUACCAGCCUUGACGCCGCGCGGCUUCUCCCGAUGGGAGUCUGUCGAGAUCCUGCUCGGACCGGAGGAACACGUCCCAUUUCUACAAUUCGCCGUAAAGAACUGGAAUCUGCGACACCCAGAGACCCGUGAAUGUUUCUCUGCCGACUUGCCCGCCGAUGUGUUCCCCUCGGUGGCUGACGAGGAAGUCGAUUUGUGGCACAAGGCUUGUGGCGAGAGAUUGACGCGCGAGGCCGCUGGUCGGCCGCCGCGCCCAAGCCGGCAGCCAACACGGGAGCAGGAACAUGAACCUGUAGAUCCCAAGUUUGCGCAAGGCCACUCACGAAAUACCUCGCAAGGUGGCACGCCGCGACCACGACCAGGCGAUAGCGACUACUUUGGCAGGCCCUUUAGCUACGUCAACGCGCCUCCCGGCGGCCGCCCUCCUAAGAAUGGCCAUUCGAGUCGUUCACCCGAGAAAUCUUCUAGACCCAAUCGCAGCUUCAAUGACAGAGUCAGACGGCGAAGCUUUCCUGACCUUGCCUCGCCACCGAAAGACGCUGAAUCAGAAGAGCGCUACACAUACGACGAAGCCUACUUGGAUCCUGGGGAGGCACGCCGUGCACCGGCAGGCAGACGACAUAGCCAUCCUCGCCACUAUUCCUCUGACGAGGAGAUGGAACCCGAACCAGUCCCUCUAAGAAGCAAACGCCGGCACGGAGGUUCACCCACCCCGGCAAUACGCCGCUUUAGUCCGCCUGAUUCAGGCCACGGCAGUGGUUCAAACUCAUCGCGCCCGCAUCGGACAGACGGCGAUCUCAGAAGGCGGGCCGGACCCAGCCCUCUCGGAUCUCUGCGAAGCAAAUUGAGUGAAACCGUAUCGAGUAUUCUACCGAAUGGUCUCACGUCGCGGCCUAGUUCCCGGAACCAGGCUAGCAGCGAGCAUCUUCGCCAGCGAAAGAGCCGCGAACAAGUCCGCCCCGCUCGUCUAAAUCGCAGUCUCUCGGAUCUAGACUCGGAUCACGAUUCAGAUCUCGGACCCAUGGACGAGAUGCCGAGACGGCGCAGACGACCGGAUGACCGAGACCGCGACAGAUAUCGCGACCGUGGCCGUUUCCGCGGGGAACCGGAGAGGGACGAGGAUCGGGGAUCUGGCGCGUAUCGCGACCGUCAGAGUGCCCGUCGACCAGACGUCUACCGGCGAACCAGCAGCCACGCGGACGUGGACAGACGGAGAGACCAGGACAAUUUUGAUCUCCGUGAUAGGGAGCACCUCAAGGAAGAACGAAAAAAAUGGGAUAGAGAAAGGGAGCGGAGGUCACCGCCAGAAGAAACUCUCUCUACACCUCCUUUGAACGGGCCGUCGUUUUCAAGACGGUACCCUGAGCCAGCAUACAGCUGA